AUGUCCGGAGAUGUGUCGAUGAGAAUGGUGGCAGACGUCAUAGAUCAGGCGUGUGGAGCUGCUGAGAGUGUGGCUGAUCAGGUGGACGCUGAAGAGGCUGCAGAUCAAGGAUCUCCUGCUGGCGUUUCGGAGACUCUGGGUGGGUUCUGCAUAUCCCUUAGGAUGGCUCUCCUUAGGAAGUGGGCGAGUGACAGGGCCUCCCUUAAGGGGCUCCAGGCGUGUUCUGCACACCCAUUAGGAUGCCUUGGUCGUCGCCCUGCAUCUCCCGAAGGACGCUGCUUAUGGGCAACUGUGUGA